AUGGUGAUUUCGCUGUUUUCGAAUCGAGGAGUUUUCUCGUCCACCGCCAACCAUCUGAAAAAUCCCAUCAACAAUCCAAACUUCUCCAGUGUUUCCAUUCUGUGUCGUAGCUCAAGACUAAUCAGGUUCUUGAUGUGGUUUGUGAGUUGCCAGGAAGUUGGCGAAUGCUUUAAAUCGUUUCCUAUCAAUGGAGCAAGAUACGGUCUUGCGAGCGCAACAACGAAAUGGUUCACGUUGAACAGCUCGGUUAGUCUUGUGUAUGGAGAGAUUGGCGUGAACGACUUGGUUGAAAUCGAACUGGCAUAA